UUCUUCCUACCACACCCCAUCCCCCGAUCCACCCACCCACCACCGGCACCCUACCAGCACCCACCCCGGUGCCGCAACGCACCGCGAGGUCCGCCCAACUGGCUCACCUACUCCGGCGCUCCCCUUCACGCCCAAGGCAACCCCGUGCUCUCCGCCCGCUUUCCCGACACCAGCGACGCCCAGGAACUCCCACCCAUCGCAACGCCAACCAACCCUCUAGCCCACGCGCCACCAUGACUCUCGUGACCCGACCCCCCGCCACCCGCGCGCCGCCACACCUCGGCAUCCCGAUCCGCUGCUGCCCUGCGCGCCACAGAGACGGGUCACUCCGACCCAGAUCCACCAUGGACGACGACAUGUCACUGCCACUUCCGUCCAUGCCUUCCUCCUCGUCAGAUGUAGUCGUAGGGAAAGGCACGUGGUGCACUGGUUGGGACAAGCCCCACCUACCCCUCCCCCUCCACCGACCAAGGCGCCCCAUUGGCCUGCAUCCACUGAACCAGCACCCUGGUGAGAGACCAUUCUCCAAUAGGUGAAUGUCUCCGACGACGCGAGCUCAGGCCCCGUUGAAAAUUGGAUGAGGAAAGGUGGCGGAGUUUGGUUCGAUGCCCAGGCGAGUCUACUGCUCCAUGAAUCUGAGUUCGCCUAGAUCCUCGGUGUCCGCUUCUUGGUGCCCCUUAGGUGGCUGGAGAGACGCUGGCAGGGGCUCCCCUACACCACAUCACCAGGGAAGGCGCUCAUCCUCCGUUGCCGCAUCUUCUGCUUGCAACCAUCGUGUGGGACGACGCGGGAUCCAUGUGGGCUACAGUUCACGGGUGCAGCAUGUGCGGUGCACUCGGUCCGGUGCUCCAGUUUAUUCAGUCGUUGAAAAAAUGUCAAGUGGUGGAGUUCAUUGUAAACUGCAGUCCAUUCAGAGUUCGAAUGGAGUCACUUUGAAUGCCAUGUGAUGUGGCUCGGUAUACAAUGCAACCCGUCUCUGAA